AAACAAUCGAAAGUCACUCGGCCGCUCGAGGUGGUUGCUCACUCUUUCAGGAUAAUCUAGCCGGAAAUGAGGCGGCUGCACAUCGCCAGCAGCGAGCCGAGGGACUAGUCGGAGGACGCUGUUGGCCUCGUAAGAUGCGGAAGCUGAACGAGAGCGCAUGCAACGCGUUGUAUACGGCCGUGGAGUGGUCGGGACCGGGGAUCGUCGUGACCCUGGCUGUUCUCGCGGUGGUCAACGUAAUGGUUGUCCUGGGCAAUGUCCUCGUUAUAGCCGCUGUUUACAACAGCAUUAAAUUAAGAAACGUUACCAACAUGUUCAUCGUUAGCUUGGCUGUUGCCGAUCUUAUGGUCGGAGUCGCUGUCUUGCCCUUCAGCGCUACCUGGGAGGUUUUCAAGGUAUGGAUCUUUGGAGAUAUUUGGUGUUCAAUAUGGUUAGCGGUUGAUGUAUGGAUGUGUACGGCUUCGAUUCUGAAUCUCUGUGCCAUAAGUCUAGACAGAUACUUGGCUGUUACACGUCCAGUCAAAUAUCCUCAGAUAAUGUCACCAAAAAGAGCAAGACUACUUGUCGCCAUUGUUUGGGUGCUUAGUUUUAUCAUUUGCUUUCCGCCAUUAGUUGGCUGGAAAGAUCAAAAGGAUGAUGACGUGACGCAAAAUGUUACGUUUUUCGAAAAUGGUACAUACAAUGCUACCAUUAUCAUUGUACCAGUCGAGCCGUGUCGAUGGAUUUGUGAGCUUACAAAUGAUGCUGGUUAUGUCGUUUAUAGCGCCCUUGGAUCGUUCUACAUACCAACACUGAUAAUGUUGUUUUUCUAUUGGCGAAUUUACAAUGCUGCUGUUUCGACUACGAGAGCGAUAAAUCGAGGCUUUCGCACAACUAAGAGCUCUAAGAUGAUGGGAUCGAGAUUCGACGAGCAGCGGUUAACUUUGAGAAUACACAGAGGACGGGCAAGCGAGUAUAACCGAAGCAAUGGUAGUCCACGCAGCAGCGAGUGCACAAACUCGCGUAGUCCAUCGAGGCGCGAGAGGAUUAAGAUUUCGGUAUCCUACCCCAGUACCGAGACUCUCAAUACUAAGUGUAACAGCGCACUGGAGAGGACACCUUCGAGGUGCUCACAGUCGUCUGUGCACUACAGCAACGGCCAGACUCAGAGCCAGCUGUUCCCGUCUUCCAGAGGAACUCACUUGAAGGUUGGAAGCAUCAGUAGAAUGGGAAGCACUAGAAGAUCGAGUCGGCGCAGUAGUUGCGAAAGUCAAGUAACUGGAGAUGUCGUAUUGCUCCGGGAAUUGACUCCAGGGACAAACGAGGACAAACCCCGUGUAAUGAAAAUGGGUAAACGAAAUAUAAAAGCUCAGGUGAAACGCAUCCGUAUGGAGACGAAAGCUGCAAAAACACUGGGUAUAAUUGUCGGUGGAUUCAUCCUCUGUUGGCUUCCCUUUUUCACGAUGUACCUAGUUCGAGCUUUUUGCCCAAACUGCAUUCAUCCAACGGUCUUCAGCAUCCUGUUCUGGUUGGGAUAUUGCAAUUCCGCGAUAAAUCCGUGUAUUUACGCCCUUUUCAGCAAGGACUUUCGUUUCGCUUUCAAGAACAUCAUCUGCAAUUGUUUUUGCAAACAACGCGCGAAUACAUUGCGCCGCGGUAGCGAUGGCAGCCAAUUAACAACAAGCAUCUUGGAAAGUACAACGCAUGUAAAGAACUAUCUGUUUCAUUGUUUUAUUUCAUUACCAACAUCAUCGAAUUUCAAGCAAAUCAAUAUGAAAUAUCAUUGUACAUAUUUCAUUUUUCAGAAACGAGCGGAGUCCCGGGCGCACGCGAUGCGGUACGUCGCAAGGCUUUUCGAUCGAGGACUCAGAUCCCGGAUCUGACGCCAACAUCCACUCACAAAGUGACUCCAGAUGACUAUAGCACCUCGGGUUCGGCACACAGUGCUUCACCUUAAAUGCUCUAGCGACCCUCGAAGAUUCUCAUCGCGAAAGUGAAGCGAGACGAAGGGUCUCUUUUGGCGGCGUUGAGACGAGGCGAGCCGACGACCUGGAGACGAUUGAUGUCGACCGGAUAUCUUUUACGGGCGCGAACGACCAUAACGACGACAACGAGAUGGAAACCAAACAGACAGGAGCUAAGCCGCAUUCGAAUUGAAUGAUUGCAAAGAUAAAUUCUAUUGGAAAGGAUGCGGAUUAUCAUCCAUAUUUUCCAAUCCAAAUGACGAUGAAUCACCGGUAGUCGCGUAAAAAAAGUGAAAAAUUUGUUACCUAAAGUGAAAAUUGUAUAAAUAGUUAAAUGAAAAUAUUUGCAAAGUUGCAUUAUAACGGACAGAAAGAAGGUGUUGUUUUAACGUGUAGGAAUACAUAUAACCAAAGCACAAACGUAUAAAUAUGUCGGAAAAGAAUAGAAAAACAUACGUAAAUAUUAUGAAUAUUGUUAUAUCGAUGAGAUUCCGAUUUUUCACAAACAUGUAACUUUUUUGGUGAACUCGGAAACUGAAUAAAUAAUGUAUUGCUGCUAUGCGGUUAAUCAAUGUUAUACGUUCCGAUAUAUUCUAUACAUAAAGUUUUGCGUUUAUAACGCCUUUUUGCUAACAUUUUCGCUUACUAAGCGCAACCUGCCCUUUUUUAAAAAGCGAUCAAAGAACGCAAUUCUGUAUAAACUAAACAAUUCAACAAAGUGUUACCAAACUUUAAAAAAAAGUGUAAUUUUAAUCGUAUAAAUACAGAGAAAGUUGUGAUUCAUAUCACAUGUAUUAUUUAUUGAACCUUCG